AUGAAGCGAAAUGGAGAGUAUAGUGUAAAUGGCACUGCGAAGAAACAACACAUCGAGAACAAUUUCGACAAAGAACUCGAUAUAGUUGUCGUCGAGGAUGAGGUGAAGGAAGCGGACCCAGACUCAGACUUAGGCUCAGACUCUUCCCCCAUAUCCCCGGUUGCCCCUGUUUUUGAGUUUGCAGGCUCCAAUAGCGACAAGUGGCAGCUGAUGAUACGAAAAGUUGUCAACUCGGUCGUCUCGAUCCAGUUUUCACACGUUGCAUCAUUUGACACGGAGACAGCUUUGGUGAGCGAGGCCACCGGCUUUGUUGUGGAUGCAGAGAGAGGGCUCAUUCUCACAAAUAGACACGUUGUUGGGCCCGGCCCAUUCACGGGCUACGUGGUUUUCGAUAACCACGAAUCGGUUGACGUCAAGCCAAUCUAUAGAGACCCGGUCCAUGACUUUGGAUUCUUGCAAUUCGACACCAAAGAUGUCAAGUACUUGGAGCUUACAAAACUAGACUUGGAACCAAGCUUAGCCAGGAUUGGAACCGAGAUUAGAGUGGUGGGAAAUGACAACGGAGAAAAGCUUUCUAUUUUGGCGGGUAUUAUAUCUCGAAUAGACAGGAAUGCUCCAGACUAUGGUGCAUUGACAUAUAACGACUUCAAUACGGAAUACAUACAAGCUGCUGCAUCGGCCACGGGGGGAUCCUCGGGCUCGCCGGUGGUCAAUGAAGAUGGGAAAUGUGUUGCCCUACAAGCAGGAGGAUCUACAGAGGCUUCGACUGAUUUUUUUUUACCUGUGAGCAGGCCCAAACGGGCUCUCCAGUGCAUUCAAAAUGACAAACCGAUAACAAGAGGCGAUAUACAAGUGGAGUGGCAGCUAAAGCCGUUCAAUGAAUGCUCGAGAUUUGGAUUAACGGCAGAAGCGGAGGCGACGGCUAGAAGUUUGUUUCCAGACAGAAUAGGCUUGUUGGUGGCCGAGCUCAUUUUACCAGGUGGUCCAGCCGAUGGGUUGAUAAAGGAAGGUGACGCUUUGAUUUCGAUUGAAGGGGAGCACAUUUCCUCGUUUGUCAGAGUUGAUGAAAUACUAGACGAAAAAGUUGGCCAAGAGUUGACUUUUGUGAUUCAGAGAAGUGGGCGUGAAAUCAGCCACAAGAUCAGGAUAAGCAAUCUCCACGACAUUACCCCUGACAGAUUUGUGCAAGUUGCCGGUGCAUCAUUCAACAACCUCUCGUAUCAAGUAGCAAGAUGCUUUUGCUUGCCAGUGAAGGGUUUAUAUGUCAGCGACGGUGCUGGCUCUUUUGAAUUCUCGACUCAAGACACGUUGGGAUUCUUGGUUGAAACAAUCGACGACAAGCCCGUGUCGAAUUUGGACGAGUUUGUGGACCUCAUGAAGAAAUUACCUGAUUGUGCAAGAGUCCCUGUCACCUAUCGACACGUCUCGGACAUGCAUGCAGAAUAUGUGCAAACCAUCUACAUUGACAGACACUGGUACACUUCUUUCAAGAUGGCAGUGCGAAACGACAAGACGGGGAUUUGGGACUUUACCACGCUUCAAGAUAAACCGUUGCCACCUGUGGCAUCAGUUCCCCAGAAUGCAAAAUUCAUCGAUAUCCCCUUUAAUGAUUCUAGCAAGGCGCCCUUGUCAAGGUUGGUGAGAUCAUUUGUACAAAUAAGGUCGCUCUGCCCCACCGGUGUUGACUCCCACCCUUUCAAGAAGGACAUUGGUUACGGAGUGGUGAUUGACGCUGAAAAUGGGUUUGUUUUAGUUUCAAGAAGAUUUGUUCCUCACUACAUGUGCGAUAUCUUUGUGGUUUUCGCAGAGUCCAUCGACUUGGCGGGAGAAGUGGUGUUUUUGCAUCCGCACCUUAAUUACGCCAUCAUCAAGUACGAUCCGAAAUUGAUCCUCGCUGACGUGCAGUCUCCAAAGCUUUCAGAUACCCCCUUGAGGCGUGGUGACAGUUCAUUUUUUAUCGGCUACAAUUACAAUUUGAGACUCAUCACCGACGAAGUAAAAGUGAGCUCGGUGUCAUCGUUGAAUGUUACGGCAAAUACAAUGUCGCCUCGCUACAGGGGAACCAACUUGGAAUGUGUGUUGUUGGACAGCAAGGUUACUCACGAGUGCAACACGGGGGUCUUAGUUGAUGACGACGGCAGGUUGCGUGCGUUUUGGCUCUCUUAUUUGGGAGAGUCAAACGAACAGGCAUUCAAGAUGGGGCUCGACGUCACCGACGUUCUACCUGUGAUUAGACAACUCCAAGCAAAUACAAUACCUCAGAAAUUGAGGAUGCUCGAUGCCGAGUUUGCCUCGGUUACCGUUUUCCAAGGGAGAACGCGGGGUGUGCCCCAGGAAUGGAUCACCAAGUUUGAAGAAGAGGCCCACGAUCAGAUCAAGUUUUUGUCUGUUGACCGGGUAUCGGCUCCAAGCGUAGGCGAGGAAGCCAACCCAUUAAAAGUCGGGGACAUUGUGCUCUCGGUUAAUGGUAAACUCGUGAAGAACAUGAGAGACUUUGGCGACAUGUAUGAGCACGACUUGUUGGAGUUUAAAGUCAUUCGUCAGAAAAAGGAGCUCACCUUGAGCGUGCCAAGCAUUGACACCAAAUCGUUGGAAACAUCCCAAGUUGUGCUGUGGUCCGGUGCUUUACUCCAAAAGCCGCAUAUAGGUGUCAAACAGUUGAUGACGAAAAUCCCAUCAGAAGUUUACGUCACCGACAAGAGCGCGUGUGGGCCUGCUCACCAGUACGGGAUUGUCCCAAUAAGCUUCAUUACGCAUGUCAAUGACCAGGAAACCAAGCACUUGGACGACUUUGUGAAAGCAGUUGAACAAAUUCCAGAUAAAACUUAUGUCAAACUCAGAAUGGUGUCUUUUGAUAACAUCCCCGCGGCGAUCUCGUUGAAAACGGAUUACCACUAUUUCCCAACAACGGUUUUGACGAGAGAUGUUCAGUCUGGUAAAUGGACUUCGCAACAGCUGAACGAGUAA